AUGUCGACAAACUCCUCAGCCUCACCGCUAGCGGACGCGCAACUGUCAGCAAGCGCACGACACCAAUUUCAGCAAUACCUCACUCGCCUACCCACCGCCUCCUCCUCGCGCGCCGCCCCACCUCCCGACCUCAACGCGCUCCUCCAACGCAGCGCCGCUCUUGCAUCUCGUGUCGAUGCAGUCCACGCACAGGUAUCAUCCGACGACAUAAGCAGCCGCCCUGAUGAUCCACAGCUCUUCUGGUCCACCACGACGCUUCUGACGCAGCUUCGCGAGGUGUCUCACCAGCUUCGGCAGGCAUCGUCAAGCGCAGGAGAUAGGAAAGCGUGCGAGGCAGCACUGAUGAGGACGCAGCAGGACGUCGAGAUCGUCGACUCGAUCCUGAGAAUGCUGUCCGUGUCAGGUGGACAGGGCUCGAGGGAUGUAUUCACUGCUCCUGUGGGGUCUCAGCCCGCGGUCGCUGCGCCGUCGAACGCCGGCCCUACGAGAGGCACAAGGAAAGGAUACGAGUAUUGGAAACAGCGAACGCUCGCCGCUAUCGAUGCGGACGACGGUGACAACCACACCGACUCUUCUCACGAUGAUGAGGGCUCGGGCGCAGAAUCGGUCCUCACCGAUCCGGACAUCCACGUUGCAUCCACCAAAGACACCACCCCUCUCGCCGGGCUCAAACCGCAACCUCCGCACGAGGACGAGGACGACAUGGAACAGUACAACCGAUCGCUUAAAGCCAACCAAGCCAAACAGCCCGCUCCCAGCACCAGCACCGCACCAACCACGACCUCAGCGAGCGAAACAAUCCUCCAAUCGGACCGCGCGACCCACGAGGCGCUCUCCUCCGAACUCCUCCGCAUGGCUUCCGUUCUCAAAUCCAACUCGGUCGCCUUCGCCGACUCUCUCGAGCGCGAUCGUCUCCUCCUCGAGAAAGCCGGCACCGAUCUCGGCCAAAAUCUCGACCUCAUGACACGCACACGGGGACGACUCGGCGUCUACUCGAAAAAAGCUCGUGGCAUGGGCUGGUUCACCCUCUCCGCCAUCCUCGUCGUCGUCGUUAGCUGGAUGAUCAUGUUCUUACUCAUUCGUUUGACCUAA